AUCGUCUGUAACUGACCAAAUGGAAAAUAAAAAUCAAACCUUUUUGUUUUCCUCUGUUAAUGGGAUUCGUAGUGUUUGAGGAAAUCUCUGUGGUUUUGAAUGAGGCUUGAAAGAUUGGAUUUUUGUUUAGGGUUUCUUCGAUUUUGUGGAUUGUAAUCUGUAAUUUUAUUGGAAUUUGCUUCAGGGCACAUGUGUUUUCAUUAGGAUUAUGUUUUUUGGGGGUAAAGUUUGAAGCUUUGGAGCUUUUUCUGAUUAAAGUUUGAAGAUUUAUUUGGUUUUUUUGUGCAGGUGAGUGUUGAUUCUGAUGGAUGUCUUAGCGAAUCCAGGGCCACUUAAGGAUGUUGUGCUUUAUGAUCAAGAGAAACAUGUUUCCUCUGCUGUUUGGGAUGGCCAGGAGCGAGGUGCGUUGAGGUGUCAUGAGCACACAUCGAAGUUGGGUGAGUGGAAGCUUAAGCCAAAGCAGGUAGAGUUGGUUGAGAGAGCCGGUUUUGGGUAUUUGAGACGGAUCCCUGCCAUUAGUCUUGACAAUCCUCUUAUCUCUGCGUUAGUCGAGCGCUGGAGGAGAGAGACCAACACUUUUCAUUUCACAAUUGGGGAAAUGACUGUGACUCUUGAGGACAUUGCCCUGUUACUUGGAUUGGGGAUUGAUGGUAAACCUGUCAUUGGAGUGACAUAUACAACUUGUGCUGCGGUAUGUGAGAGGUACUUAGGGACGGCACCAGAUUCUAAUUACGCUAGUGGUGGGAUGGUUAAGCUUAGCUGGUUGAAAGACAAGUUCUCUGAAUGUCCUGAUGAUGCUUCUUUUGAACGUGUUGAGCGCUGUACACGGGCGUACCUAUUGUACUUAGUAGGGAGUACCAUCUUCUCUACAACCACUGGAAAUAAGGUGCCUGUUAUGUAUCUUCCGCUGUUUGAGGAUUUUGAUGAUGCUGGAACAUUUGCUUGGGGUGCAGCUGCUUUGGCUUUCUUGUAUAGAGCACUUGGGAAUGCUUCUGUUAAAUCCCAAAGCACUAUAUGUGGUUGCUUGACGCUAUUACAGUGUUGGAGUUACUAUCACUUAAACAUUGGCCGGCCAAAGCUGAAUCGUGAGCCCGUCCAUGAUCAUUUCCCAUUUGUGCUUAGGUGGAAGGGGAAGCAAAAUGGUCCAACAGCAAACCGUGAUGUGGUCUUUUACCGGAAAGCAUUGGAUGCCUUGAAGCCAUAUGAAGUGGAGUGGCUUCCGUACGAAAAUAUGGAUGGUAGAUACAUACCGGAUCAUAUAAGAAACUCUCUGCAGUUGGGUAGAUCGAAAACAAUGCUGAUAUCUUUUGACAAGGCGGAGAGACAUCUGCCUGAUCGCUGUCUCAAACAAUUUGCCUUGUUUCAAGGCAUCCCAGAAGAUGUGCAAAAGUGGGUAAGAAAGUCUAGGGGAGUUGAUGGAGGGAUUGACCUGUCAGUCAAAAUGGAAUCAGAGUUAAGCGAAUGGGAAAUGCGGUGGGAAAAUAUUGUGCCUGAUGAUGUUCUAGGUGUUGAUGAAGCAGACUACAUGAGGUGGUAUCUUGGAGUUACCCGGAAAAUUGUGGGAAGGCCUAUCUCUCUCUCAAGCGAGUUUCAAAGAACGAUUUCAAAUGUGAGGGAUAUAUUGGAGUUGGCAGAGAAUUUUCAAACACAUGAUUUGGAUCUUGAAAGAGGCAACAUGAUUUCAAGGAUUAUAAACCUUGCGCAAGAUUGCCUGAGAGAUCAAGUUGGAGUAACGGUUACAACAGAAAGCCAGCAGCAGAUCGAACUUGGGAAAAGAAUGCGCGGUAAAGAAAGGGUGAGAAGGAAGGGGAUGGGAAAGAGAAGGAAAGGUAUUGAUCCAAUGGAAGACUAUGGGGGUAGUGAAGAUGAAUCACAGUUUGGACCUGUGGUUGAGGUUGGUCAAAUGCAUUUACCACUUAGCCAUACAAAUUCUGUGUAUGAUGGAACACAUAUGUACGAUGCUGUCACCAAAGUUGAUGACAUGGAGCUUUGCGACUCCAUCCCUCAACUGCCCGAGACUCAAGACAUCAGCAAGAUUGACGGGUCAUUGCUAGACGACGCAGACAAGUCUUUUGAGGACAGUAAGUUACAUGAAGAAAUUGGUACAACUAAUGUUCUGAGCGGCGAGGAUCCAACUGAGGACAUUGGGGAACUGCCUGAGAGCUAUGAUGUGAAGAAAGAAGAUAAAGAAUCAAAGGUUGAAGAUUAUGAUGCAGCAAAGGAAAUCAGUGAUGUUAGCGGUGAAGAAAACGCAAACAGAGAGGAAGAAGAUGGAACAGAGAUGGGAGAAAGUAUUGCAAAUUCGUCUUCUCUUGAAAGAAGAGGAGAGAACACUGUGGUUGCUUGAAAACAGUUGGUGUAAUCUAUCUCUUGAGUUGUUGAGAGUUAUGGAAGUGACAGAUAGAUUCAAUGAGAGUUAUUUUACAUCAAGAAUGAAGAAGAAUGGCUGCAGAGGAAUUUAAGUUUAGUUUUCUGUUUUGUAUUUUUGAUUUUUAACUUAUUUUUCGUUUGUUUUGGUAAAGUACUGUCUUUUGUUUUAGAAGUAUGUUUAAGCAACUUAUCUGUAGAAGAAGAGGUUACAGAAAAAGUAUGAAACAUCAUACUCUGAUUAAGUGAUUA